UAAGGUACAUUGCCCCACUCGAACCACUAUAAUUUGUGACCUAGGCCCCGAGUUCCGUCCACGAGAUUCAUUGGCCCAUCCGAUGGCCUCAUUCAUUGACUGAAGAGCAUUUACUGAUAGCUUCCUCCCCCAAAACACUGUACGUGCAGCGAUACGUGGUGUCGAGCACCUGCGACCUACAUAGCUGUAGCCCAGGACUGCCAGGAAUAUACCGGCACGGCUGCUUUGGUUCCACGGCUUGCCAGCUAACUGCCGCAUGAGCAGCCUCAGGGCUUGAUAGCCGCUUCACCAAUAAUUAUACACAUCCAUCUGCACUUGGGCUUCAAUAAAUAGCCUUCCCAUCACUUCCCGAACUGCUAGGUUACCUGGGUUAGGUAGUUCAUGAUUCCCCAACACCCCGAUUAACCUCGAGCGCAUACUGUCAAGUGUACAUCCACCGCGUGCUGUCAGGCGCCAGUUCAUCUCCUUUGAGAGCUUGCCAAUCGCCCUGUUUCCUGCGCGUCCAAACCUACGAAAGCCCGGUCAAUCCACAUUUCCCCCCUCCGCCUGUCCUCACGAAACGACGACCAUGGCAGACUUCAACCGGACUUCUAUCGACAAGCCGUCGUCCUCACACCCCGACCACGAACCACCGGCCAACAUGUCGCCUCGCCAUAUCCCUAGCCCCUCACCCGACAACGGUCCUUCUGCCUCUACGAAUGGACCGAGACCUGGGACAGCCGGAGGGUCGGACGCGAGCCCGACUGCUGCUGCCGCUGGUGCCAUGUCCGAUGCGCACCAGCGAGUUCAAGAUGUCCUGGGCUCUGACAUUGGCAUAACCACCCUCCUGAACCGCUUGAAGCAAAGCAUUGCUUCAGCAAAGGAGUUCGCUGUUUUUCUGAAGAAACGAUCUGUUCUAGAGGAGGAGCAUGCGAGGGGAAUGAAGAAGCUCUGCAGGUCGAAUCAAGAUAACAUUCACCACUCUGAUCACCGACAAGGAAGUUUUGCAAAGUCAUACGACGACAUGCUUGCAAUACACGAUCGCAUGGCUGAGAAUGGAGCCCAAUUUGCCCUCUCCCUACAUUCGAUGCACGAAGAUCUUCUUGAGGUGGCCGCGGUGGCAGAGAAACAUCGGAAGGGUUGGAAGCAGAACGGGCUGGCUGCGGAACAGCGCCUGGUGGACAUCGAGUCGGCUAUGCGCAAGUCUAAGGCCAAGUAUGACGCGCUCGCCGAUGAGUACGAUCGCGUAAGGACUGGUGAAGCUAGACAGGGCCCCCGAGUUUUCGGCAUCAAAGGCCCAAAGUCCGCCGCGCAGCAGGAAGAGGACCUUUUGCGCAAGACUCAAGCUGCUGACACGGAUUAUUUGGGCAAGGUGCAGGCGUACCAGACGGAGAAGGCUACAAUGGAAUCAACGACUCGCCCUGAAGCCAUCAGAGCUUUGCAAGAUCUGAUACGGGAGUGUGAUUCUGGCACCACAUUACAGAUGCAAAAGUUUGCAUCCUUCAAUGAGAAACUACUCCUUAGCAACGGCCUCGUCAUCAGCCCAUUGAAGAAUGCUAUUUCUCCGAACCAAGCCUUGCAUAGCUUGAAGGAGGUUAUUCAUGCCAUAGAUAACAAGAAAGAUCUCGAGGACUACAUAGUUGGUUUUCAUUCUAAACUGGGACCAAAGCAAUCCGAGCCUAAGUAUGAGCGCAAUCCGGUUCUUAAUCCCCAACACAAUAUGUCCGUGGGCCAGGUGCCACAGAUGCACCAGCCAACACCAGGACCAUCUUCUCUGCCACAACCUCAAACUCAAGCCUUACCUCCUCUCCAGACCCAAAUGCCACCCCCUAACUCAUUGGGGCGGACAAGCACUUUUGACACAGCAACUUCCUUGGGCCAGGGUAGUCCAGCCCAAAACUUCAUCCCUCCUUCCGCAUCUGCUAUCCAGCGGCCAUCGUCAGGGCUGGGACAUGAAAGGAGCUAUAGCCAUGGAGCCAUGUUGACGCAGUCCAAUAUGCAACCACAGCAGUCAUACAACGCACGGAACUCGACUCAUAUCCUUCCUCAACAAUCACGAUUUAACGGGAGCGUGACCAACCCCCUGAGUAGCCAGAGCGGCCCUCCACAGCUUGGAGCUUUACCUUUCCAGACUCAGCCGCCACGGGCACAAUCUCCGCCGCAAGGAGGUCCGAGUGCCUUUGCGACACCCCCACCCCCACAGGAGUUAGCGGCCCGCUCUGCUUCGCCUCCUAAGACAUAUGGCAAUCCCAAUGCGGGCAUGAAGCAAGUGUUUGGUGUUUCUCUCGCGCGAUUGUACGAGCGAGACCAGUUCGCCGUUCCCAUGGUUGUACACCAAUGUAUACAAGCUGUUGAUUUGUAUGGUCUUGCUGUAGAGGGAAUAUAUCGCUUGUCUGGUUCGUCAAUGCAUGUGAACAAGCUAAAAAGUCUUUUUGAUACCGACCAAGAAUCUCAUAUCCUCGACUUCCGUAACCCAGAGAACUUCUUCCACGACGUCAAUAGUGUUGCCGGCUUGCUGAAGCAGUUCCUUCGGGAUCUCCCCGAACCUCUUCUCACCUCUGAAAACUACUCGGCAUUCAUCGAAGCCGCAAAGCAAGAUGACGAUAUCGUGCGGAGGGAUAGCAUGCAUGCCAUCAUCAAUGGUCUCCCUGAUCCCAACUAUGCCACCCUGCGCGCUCUGACGCUACACUUGCAUAGGGUCAUGGAGAACAGCACUGUCAACCGCAUGAACUCUCAGAACCUCGCCAUCGUGUUUGGACCUACGCUCAUGGGGACCGCACCGGGUAGUAAUAUUGCGGAUGCUGCUUGGCAGGUCCGUGUCGUGGAUACGAUACUGCAGAAUACGUACCAGAUCUUCGAUGAGGAUUAAAAGUAGAAGGAAUUAAAACUGCUUGUUAAUCUACAAGGGGUGUGCUAGCAGGAAUUAAUUGCCAGUCGGUCAGACCAG